CCUUCAACACGCAAACACCAAUCUCCGUGAUGAUACGGUGAUACCGAUACGGAACCCAAAAGCAAAAUGUUUACUCUCUAGAGACGAGAGAGAGAGAGAGAGAGCGUGUUUAUUAAAACUCACCGAAUCAAAUCCAAUCUCAUCCGAGGCCAAAGGAGCAAACCCAACAAACAAAUGGCAAUUUAAACGGCACAAACACUGCUACUCUCUCUCUCUCUCUCUCAGUCUCUUCCGCCGCCGACAUCGUUACGGUUCGUCGACGCCUUUCGGCGGCGCCGUUUUCGUCCGACGGCGAUCCCCGAACAGUUCGCCGAUUCGUUUUCUUUCAACUUCGUCGAAUAACUCUCAUUAUAUAGUAUUUUCUUUUCAAUCCGUAACAAUUUCAAAAUAGUCGUCAAGAGGUCUACAAGAUGAUAGGAUCCUUUCUUACCAGAGGACUUGUGAUGGUUCUUGGCUAUGCUUAUCCAGCUUACGAGUGCUACAAAACUGUUGAAAAGAACAAGCCGGAGAUUGAACAACUUCGUUUUUGGUGCCAGUAUUGGAUUUUGGUGGCUGUUUUGACUGUAUGUGAGAGAAUUGGCGAUGCUUUCGUUUCAUGGGUUCCAAUGUAUAGUGAAGCUAAGUUGCUCUUCAUUAUAUAUCUGUGGUUUCCUAAAACAAAGGGAACGACCUAUGUGUAUGAUUCCUUCUUUAGACCAUAUCUUGCAAAGCAUGAGAAUGAAAUUGAUAGGAACUUGCUGGAAUUAAGAACCAGGGCGGGUGACAUUGCAGUUGUGUAUUGGCAAAGAGCUGCAAGCUAUGGUCAGACGAGAAUAUUCGAUAUUUUGCAGUAUGUUGCUGCACAGUCGACACCAAGGCCUCGCCCUGCUCAGCCACAACAAGGUGUUAGGGCUCGUCAACCCCCUGCUGCUCGCCAACCCCCUCCAUCUCCAAACCAACAACCAGCUGCUAAAACACAAUUGCAACCUGAAGAACUGCCAUCUCCCACUUCUAGUACUACUUCAAGUAAGGACCAAAGGGAGAUAGCCGAAGCAUUAGCUCCUCCAACAAAGCCUAAAGCCGCCCCCCAAGCAGCAGUUUCAAAUACUCAAAAAGCUACAGCAGCUGCAUCUGAAUCCACUAGCCAAUCUGUCCCAGCUGAGGAGGUUGAACCAAUGCAGACUGAAGCAGUGGCAUCCUCUUCAUCGACUGAAGAUACAAACCCUCCCCCAAAAGAGACAGUCAUGGAGGAAAGCAUUCGGGUUACACGUGCAAGGUUGAGGAAAGCUCGUUCUGCAGGCCGCUGAAGCAGCUCCUUUUUCAAAUUUUUAGCUUGGGAAGCCAGCUUAUAAACAGUAGGUGGGACCAAGGGAUGGUUCUUGAAUGGUUGUAGUAGACUGAUGUAAAUUUGUGGCCUUCUAGUUUCCAUUCCAUUUGUUUCAUUUUUUUUUUCAAAUCGCAAUUCUCAG